UGGCCUCUGGUACUCUUGGUUAUUAUUCAUAAAUUUAUGCAUUUCCAUCAACAAUGAAGAAUACGACAUUAAUAUUACAACAGCUACGAUUGCUCAUGUUAAAUGCGUCAAUUGUUGGACCAGAGUAUCUCUCUGCUUAUAUCGUACCCUCAUCAGAUGCACAUCACAACAUUCGAAGGGCUGACUGUGAUCAACGGCUGGCAUACGUUUCUGGAUUUGAUGGAUCCUCAGGAACUGCAAUUAUAACGGCGGAUUCUGCCCUACUGUGGACUGAUGCCCGGUACUACACCCAAGCUGAAAAGCAAAUUGAUGACAACUGGACCCUAAUGAAAGAUGGACUGGAUGGAACACCCUCACAAGCCGAAUGGUUACGAGAUAAUUUACCUUUUCAAUCUAACGUUGGAGUUGACCCCACGCUGUACUCAAGAGGGGAGUGGUCAUCCAUGCUGACCUCUUUAAACUUUGGAAAUAUCAUCCUUACCCCCACAAGUAUUAACUUGGUGGAUAUUUCGUGGGGUGAUGAUCGCCCUCUUCGACCAACAAAUGCAGUAAUUCAGCUACCGACUCAAUUUACUGGGAAACCAGUGGAAGAAAAAUUGAUUCAGAUCCGGGAAGAUGUUGUAAAUGCAGGCGGUGAAGUCUUAGUCAUUACUGAACUCGAUGAAAUUGCAUGGUUGCUGAAUUUGAGAGGAACUGAUUUACCAGAAGCUCCCACCUUUUUUGCGUUUGCGAUACUUUCCGAAGAGGAAAUCCAACUUUUUAUUGAACGUUCGAAGUUAUCAGACGUCAUAGUUGAAGAUCUCGUAGCAGUGACAAAUGGGAGUAUUGAAUUUCACCCGUACGAGAAUAUCUCUGCCGAACUGCAGCGACAGGCAACCACAAGAAAUGGAAAAUUCUACUUUAGCAAAAACUGUAAUUUUGCUCUUACAAGUGUAGUAGACGAAUCCCGACACAUAAUAGCAGUAAGCCCAAUCGCGUUACGGAAAGCGAUCAAAAAUUGGGUGGAAAUUGAUGGGAUGAAGAAAGCAUUAAUUAGAGAGGCUGCCACUUUAUGUCAAUUUUACUACUGGUUGGAGGUUGCAAUGGAGGAUGGAGAAAAUGUGUCUGAAGUGUCGGCUGCAAGCAAAUUACUGGAUUUCAAAAGGACAAAGGAGAAUUUUGUGAGCUUAAGUUUCAAAACGAUCUCUGCUUCUGGUCCGAAUGGCGCUAUUGUCCACUACUUUCCCACCAAUGAAACAAAUAGACGCUUAUUGACGGAGGAAAUGUAUCUGAUUGACUCUGGCUCGCACUAUUUCGAUGGUACGACCGAUAUUACCCGAACGUUUCAUUUUGGCACGCCCUCCGACCAUCAGAGAGACUGUUAUACACGCGUCCUCAAGGGACAAAUUGCCAUCGCAAUGGUAUCCUUUCCAAAUAAGACGCCAGGACAUGCAAUUGACGCGCUGGCCAGACAAUACUUAUGGGAAGCGGGGUAUGAUUACGGACACGGGACGGGACAUGGGGUGGGUGCGUAUUUAAAUGUGGGGGAAGGUCCGCAGUCAAUAAAUUCAAACUAUAAUCCUGAUGAUCCCGGGUUGACGGAGAAUAUGGUAAUUUCAAAUGAACCCGGGUAUUAUGAAGAAGGAAAUUUCGGGAUCCGAUUAGAAAAUAUGAUUCGGGUUGUAACUUCCUCUGUCAACUCAGGCUUUUUAGAAAUGGAAGAUAUGGUUUUUGUUCCUUAUCAACAUAAACUAAUUAAAAUCGAUCUUCUCACCGAAAUAGAAAUUGAAUAUUUGAACGCAUAUCAAGAAAAAUGCAGACAAAUCGUGGGACGUUUCAUUAUUGAAAAUGAUUUAGGGAUACAGGUGUACGAAUGGCUGCUAAAAGAAACCGAGCCAAUCAUUCCGUUUCCUUAAGGUGUCGAUGUUUUCCCUGGUUCAACAAUUCAAUACCCAGAUAAAUGUUGCCAAAUAAAUACAUGUAUGCAUCACUCUAAUUAUACUUGAGGAGGGGUUUUAAAAUUUCGAAAAAUAAAUUUCUUUCAAGCUUUGAAAAAGGCAGUCAGAAAAACUUAUUGAAAA